GCGGAAGUUCAGCAAGAGCGCUUUAGCUGUCCACAAGGACGUUUCUUCCUCCUGCAGUCUCAUGAUUGUGAGGCAGAUUCUAAUACAAAAUGAUUCGUUUCUUGUUGCUGUUCAGCAAGCAGGGAAAGCUGCGGCUCCAGAAGUGGUUCACGCCAUUAACAGAUCAGGAGAAGAAGAAGGUGAUCCGGGACAUGAUGAUGAUUGUGUUGGGCCGUAGACCGCCUUCAUGCAAUUUCCUGCAAUGGAGAGACCUCAAGAUUGUCUACAAGAGGUACGCCAGCCUAUAUUUCUGCGCCGGUCUGGAGGAGCAAGAUAAUGAGCUGUUGAGCCUCGAAGUGCUGCACAGAUAUGUUGAACUGCUGGAUAAAUACUUUGGCAACGUAUGUGAGUUGGACAUCAUUUUCAAUUUUGAAAAGGCAUAUUUCAUCUUGGAUGAAUUCUUGAUGGGAGGAGAAAUUGUAGAAACCUCCAAAGCGUCCGUGGGUGUCUCUCUGCAGGAGGCCGACGCACUCCAAGAGACAAUGGAGGAAUAUAUGAGCAAACCUUCUUAUUGAGCCAGAAUAAGAUGGGAACCUGUCACAUCUCAGAACUUCAACACAAAGAUUUAAAUCUCCAGUAUUUUUACUUUUUUCACAAAUUGUUUGCUGUAAAUUUGCUGGUUUUUUAUACUGCCGAUACACUCUUUAAAUGCAGCCAAACCAUGUUUCUUUUCUGAGUAUUCUACAAAGUCACAACCAGAAUUUACUUUCAUGUCUUUUCAAAGUAAGCCUUUUGGUUGUUUAUUUUGUGCUCCUUGAUAUGGAUAAAACAUUAGUAACAAACUAUAUCCAAAAUAAUAACAUAAUAUUUUACAUUUAGGAGGCACGGUGCAUCAUUUGGUAAAGCAUUGGCCACAGAGUUCUGAGGACCCGGGUUCCACCCCAGCCCCGCCUGUGUGUAGUUUGCAUAUUCUCCCUGUGCCUGUGCAUGGGUUUCCUCCGGGCACUCCGGUUUCCUCCCACAUCCCAAAAACAUGCAACAUUAAUUGGACACUUUAAAUUGCCUUGAGGUGGGGCUGUUUGUCUCUAUUUGCCCUGGGAUUGGAUGGCAGCCUGCCUCCUGCCCGUUGACAGCUGGGAUAGAAUCCAGCAAUCCACCGUGACCCUCGUAAGGAUAAGUGGCAAAGAAAAUGGUUGAAUGGAUGUUUUGCAUUUAUAUGAAGUAGUACUGUGGUUAGCUCUCCUGUCUAACACUCCUACCACAUUCCAAAAACACAAUUCUUUGGUGAAUUGAAGAUUAAAUUGUUCAUGUGUCUGAAACUGUACUUUAUGUGCCCUGUGAAUGGCUGGCCAAAGUUAGGUGGGAUGGGCUUAGGCAACUUAUCCAUGUGUAAACCUCUCCCUAAGACAAAAGGGAACAAUUGGUGUAAAAAUAAACAUAUACUGUAUCACUGACAGUGUCAAUCAAAACAUAUAGCAAUAUUUGUAUAUGCAGAAGUACUUAGAUUUGUGGCUGUGCGAGGACAGUAUUUUAGAGAUCCAAUAAAUGCUGCAUUUAUAAGUACCUCCUAAGUCUAAGUCAGAUUCAUUCUGG